CACUCCCUUUGAAGAAACCCUCUGGCUCUGGCUCUGCUUCUGGCCAUGGCGGAAGCUUUCAUCUCCUGGUUCUCAGCAGCCAUAAUCCUCUUCAUUCUCUUCCUAAUUCUAAUCCCCAAAUUGAAACUAGAAGCCGAGAGAAAGUUCAAUCUCCCGCCGUCCCCACCAAGGCUUCCCUUAAUCGGAAAUCUCCACCAGCUGGGCCACCUCCCCCACCUGUCUCUCCGCCGUCUCUCCCACAAAUUCGGCCCUAUCAUUCUCCUCCGCCUCGGCCAAAUCCCCACCGUCGUCAUCUCCUCCGCCAAAUUAGCCGAAGCAGCCCUCAAAACCCACGACCUCGCCCUCUGCAGCCGCCCCUUCCUCCACUCCGCCCAACACAUCUUCUACAACUGCACCGACAUCGUCUUCUCCCCCUACGGCUCAUACUGGCGCCACAUCAGAAAAAUCACCAUCCUCGAGCUCCUCAGCGCCAGAAGGGUCCAAUCCUACGCCUCCGUUAGGCAACAAGAAGUGGCCCGUUUGGUCCACAGAGUCGCCCAAUCGCCCUACCCCGAAACAUUAGAUCUCACCAAGAUUCUUGCUCUGUACGCCAACGAUGUGCUCUGCCGGAUGGCGCUCGGCCGGGAAUUCUCCGGCGGGGGAGAGUACCAUCUUCAUGGGUUUCAAGAACUGCUCGAGGAGUACCAAGUUUUGCUCGGCGGUUUUAGCGUCGGAGAUUUAUUCCCUUCCUUGGCGUUUGUUAACACUUUGACGGGGAUGAAAUCGAGGCUUGUGAGAACCUUUAAAGGCUUCGAUAGAAUAUUUGACCAAGUUAUAGAGGAACAUCUCAGCCCCGAGAGGAGAAGCUUGGGAGAAGCCAAGGAUCUUGUCGAUGUUUUGCUUGAUAUCCAGAAGAAUGGAUCUGAUGACAAAAUUCCCCUCACCAUGGAUAAUGUUAAGGCCGUCAUCUUGGACAUGUUUGUUGCAGGAACAGACACGACAUUUAUAAUCCUUGAUUGGGGGAUGACUGAGCUCAUAACCAAUCCAAAGGUAAUGGAGAGAGCACAAAACGAAGUUCGAAGCAUCAUGGGCGACAGAACAGUUGUACUGGAGAAGGAUGUUUCUGAACUGCCAUAUUUGAAAGCUGUGGUGAAGGAGAUACACCGGCUGCAUCCGCCGGCGCCGGUUCUGGUUCCAAGAGAAUCGAUGGAAGACAUCACCAUUGAAGGCUACGACAUUCCGGCCAAAACAAGAUUUUUUGUGAACGCUUGGGCCAUCGGGAGAGACCCAGAAUCGUGGAAAGAGCCUGAAAAGUUCGACCCAGAAAGGUUUAUGAACAGCGAUGUUGAUUUCAGAGGGCAAAAUUUUGAGUUCAUUCCAUUUGGAGCUGGAAGAAGGAUUUGUCCAGGUAUUACAAUGGGGAUAGCCACGAUUGAACUUGCUUUGGCUCAGCUUCUGCAUAGCUUUGAUUGGGAGCUUCCAUAUGGGAUUGAAGCAAAGGAUUUGGAUAUGAGUGAAGUUUUCGGUAUCACCAUGCAUCGAAUACAACACUUGGAGGUGCUUGCAAAACCUUACUUUGCCUCAUCAACCUCAAAAUAAUGAUUGUUCUCAAACAAAAAAGAAAAAAAAAAACU